UCGGCUGCAUCUCCCCGAGGGGCUCGUCCUGCACUUUGCACUAACGACCAGCCACACUCCGGCCUUGACGAUGGGAACAGCCAUCGAGGAGAGGAAGGAGGAGAAGGAUUGAACCGCCAACGAGGCUGACUGGGGACGGCACUCUUUGAGAAAGGAAGAAGCAACUUCCUGGUGUUUACACGGACCGUCUCAUCUCUCUUGCCCGUCUGCGCUGCGGCCGCUGGACCCCCCCACAGGCCGGCCUUUGGGGAAGGGAAGGGCCGAGGGAGAACCUUUGUAACACACUCGUCCCGGGCGAACGCGUCUGUCUCGUCUUUUGUGCUGUAUAUCUGAGUAGUGCUAGCAAACCGUUUUGAAUGCACCUUUUUUGUGUGCUGGGGGUCGUUUAUUUCAAAACAGAAUCUGCAUUUCUUCCUCUCUUUUUGGUUUAAGAUGUCUUUGUUUCAAAAGGCUGCCUUCCCUUGUUGAAGAAGAGGGGGAAGUGGGAUGAUUGGCCUUUCCAGGGCAUCAUGUGCAGGGGGGAGGCGCCUUUCCCUACCCUACGAAUGUCCCAGGAAGGGGAAGAGGGAAAGCAUGAAAAGUAAACACCCAUAAAGAGGGUGUGUUGGGGUUUUUUUUUACGUCAAAGCUGGCUUUGACGUCAAAGAAACGGGGCUCUGAAUCAUUGCGCUUCCUGGCGUGCAACUUCCCCUUCCAUGCUUCCUUUUCAAGACUCAUUUGGGGAAGAAAGGAGUUUUUUUGUUUCCUGCUGAGUUGGUUUUGCAGCAGUUUUUUCCUGCCUGCCUGUCGUUAAUUUGGGGCAUCUGGAGGCACAGAGCCAUGGAGGAUCGUGGCCAAACCAUCACAAGUCUUGUUCUGGACCCUGUGCUCAGUGCUUUGGCAAACGGGACCAAGAGCGGGCGCUCUCGUUCUCCUUCCGCCAUGUCCGAGACGGACGACAGCGACGAGGCCUGUUGGAGCAGCCUGGAGAACUUCCGUGUGAAGCUGAUCUCCGUGAUCGACCCUUCCCGCAUCACGCCUUACCUCCGGCAGUGCAAAGUCAUCAACCACGACGACGAGGAGCAAAUCCUCAACGACCCCAGCCUGGUGAUCCGGAAAAGGAAAACAGGCGUCCUCCUGGAUAUUCUCCAAAGGACAGGCCAGAAGGGUUUUGUGGCGUUCCUGGAGAGCCUUGAGCUAUACUACCCUCACCUCUACAAGAAAGUCACCGGCAAGGAGCCCACCCGCGUCUUCUCUAUGAUUAUUGACACUGCCGGGGAGUCCAGCCUGACGGGGCUGCUCAUGAGCGAGAUCUCGAAGCUCCAGGGCGCCAUCCGCGAGGAGAGGCAGAAGGUCCUGGAGCUGAACCUGAUGCUCCGCGCCAAGGAAGACCUCCUCCGGGAGACGCGGGUGAAGGACAGCGUCCUGCGCAAGCACCAGGAGAGGGCGCAGAAGAUGAAGGAAGAGCGGGACGCCCUCGGCCGGGAGCUGAAGGCCUGCAAGGACGAGAAUUACCAGCUGGCCAUGAGCUACGCCAAGCAGAGCGAGGAGAAGAACGCCGCCCUGAUGAGGAACCGGGAUCUGCAGCUUGAGAUCGACUGCCUGAAGCACCGCCUGGCGAAGGCCGAGGACGACUGCAAGCUGGAGCGGAAGCACACGCUGAAGCUGAAGCACGCCAUGGAGCAGCGGCCCAGCCACGAGGCGGUGUGGGAGAUCCAGCGGGAGAAGGAUUUGCUCUUGGCCAAGAACAAGGCACUUGAAAAUACCCUGCAGGUCACCCAGAAACGCAGCUAUGAGAAGGAGGGCAUCUCCCUCCAGCCCCUCGAGGAGGAGCGCGCACGGAUGGCGCGGGAGCAUCAGCAGCUGCUCAACGCCCUCUACGACACACGCCAGGCGCUCCGGCGGACGGAAGAGGCGCGGGACAAAGUGGCAGAGGAGAAAGAGCUGCUGGACCUGAGGUGCGCCUCUCUCCAGAAGGACAAUCAGAUCUACCAGGACCGGAUGGAGGCCAUCUUGAGGCAGAUGGAAGAGGUGGCUGCGGAAAGAGACCAGGCCCUCCUGACUCAAGAGGGUUUCCACAAGCAGUACGCCCAGAGUCUGCUGGACAAGGACCGCUGCCGGAGGCACAUCCGGGGACUC